AACUGUAAAGGCUAGCUAAUGCUCAGCUGAAAACGCUGACGCUAGAUGCUCAUUUGUAUUCAGUAAACAUGCUAAAUGCAUUAAGCUAGUCGACGCAUAGAUAGUUUUUUAUUUCAGGUAGUGUUCAUUUAUAGCCGCCUCCCUGUGUUACUGAAAAUGAUAAAUGUGUGCCGACAUGAAUUCCCGCAAAGUGCUGAUGUGUCAAAAGCUUGUGACCAACCCAACUCAUCAACCAGCACCACUCGCAGCUGAAUCAUGCGUCCGAACAUGAUUAUGCUAGCAGAAGUGGAAAAAAACUGCUAAUGUGUAACAUGUUAGCCUCUCAUGUCUGAGACAAACUGAACUACGACCUCAGUGUUGACCAUUCCUUUCUGGUCAACUCGUCGAUGUCACUUUUAUGAUAGAAAAUAAGUGCCUUUGUUUUUCCAGCCUUCGUUUUGGAAGAGAGAAACACAAGCGAUGAUGGAGCCGUGUUAAGUUAUUAGCUCCAGAUGUGAUGGGUGGACAGUGGUGGAUGUCAGCUGGAUAUGAGAUAAACACAUAAAAAAGAAUCUAUUUAGGAAAAGAAGGAGGGAAGAAGAUGAAGCUGAACGAACGCAGCGUGGCGCACUAUGCCACCUGUGACUCACCGCCAGACAAGACAGGCUUCCUAUUCAAAAAAGGCGAGCGCAACACAGCGUAUCACCGCCGCUGGUUUGUGCUAAAGGGUAACAUGCUCUUCUACUUUGAGGAGCGUGACAGCCGAGAGCCAAUCGGUGUCAUCGUCCUCGAAGGAUGCACUGUGGAGCUGUGCGAGUCGGCUGAGGAGUUUGCUUUUGCCAUCAAGUUUGACUGUGCCAAAGCGCGGGUGUACAAGAUGGCUGCUGAGAGCCAAGCCGCCAUGGAGUCAUGGGUGAAAGCGCUGUCAAGGGCGAGCUUUGACUACAUGAGGCUGGUGGUGAAGGAGCUGGAGAGGCAGCUGGAGGAGAUCCAGGAGGCAGCAGGAGGCGGGGCUGGAGUUGGAAGCCUGCAGGGCAGGCCGAAGUUCUCUAGGCGAAACCAGAUGGCAAGGUCCAGGUCUGGAGCAUCCUCUUCUUCAUCAUCGUCAUCUUCCUUAUCAUCAUCAUCAUCAAAUGCCCCUCCCGUGGCUGUCUCCUUCUCGGCCCAGAAGAGCAUCCAGGAUGAGGUGCAGCUCAUUACUGAUUGUUCUAAGGAGAAUGGAGUGGCAUGGAGUAAACCAUCUGUUGCCUUAGCUAACGGUUUUGUUGAGGGAGCUUCUUCCUGUGUGGCGUGGGAAGGUUGUGCAGACUCUGGGAAUAACAAUGUUAUUGGUUACGGGGCUGAUGGGGUGAGGGCUCCACCAGUGCCACCCAGGAGAAGAGGAGCUUCUCUGGAAAGCCCCGUCUCCCCUGGCACUGGCUGCUUCUCCAAACUACAUGACUGGUACGGCAGAGAGGUGGAGGAACUCAGAGUGCAGUGGCUGCAGAGCCAGUAAACUAAAGAAGAGGGAUCAUCUCUUUUCCUGCAGUUUUAUCAUUCCUUUUUGAUUCUGCAAUGUUACACUCCUCUGAACCAAACAGAGGAGCCAUAAGACUGAGACUUGUUUGCAAAUUGUGGUUAUAUCACAAAUCAAAAGAAAAGACAAAUAAAAAUUUGAGAUUGAUUCCAGAUCUUGUCUGGCACAGGGGAAUCAAUCUGUCUUAAACACUAUCAAUUUACAAUCCAAUACAAAAUAUGCUUUUUUUCUACAUUUUUGAGUGUCAUUUGCCAAGGACAAUUACAAACAGUAGAUACAAAUCAGAAUAAUAUGCUGCUUUAGAGCUGUAGCAACCUUGAUCUAAACCCUAGUCUUUUUUCUGAUCCAUGCCCAGGAUGCUAUGGGUGUUUUUGUUAUAUGCAAAUGAAAUAGAGAAGGCCACAUAAAUAACAAUCUCAAAAUAUUGCACAAAACAAAUCCACAUGGAUUAUGUUGCUAUACUGACAUGUUAUCCAUGAAGCUGUUUGAUGAUAAAAUGGUGAAAAAAUGAAACAGCAGGGAAGCCGUUUGUACAUGACAUUUAUACCGUCUAAUGGCAAAGGGACCAGGAGAAUUAACAACUUUCAAAACACAAGUGAGAAUUUUAAGCUUCCUGUGAACUUAGGAUAAGAAUCAGUGUUGGGGAAAACCAACCCAGAUUCUCCUACAUACUCCCAGCGGGGUACAUCUCACCCGAGAGACCUUGUGGUCGCUAAGGUCAGAGCCUCCUCUCGACAGUCACUGGGGACCGUGGCGAGAGCUGGAUGUCUCGCUCAGAGCAACACACUGAUAUUUUUAGCCCUUGUUAGCCAGCGGCCAGAUGAUGCUGUGUCAUAAGAGUACUUGUCACUUAGUUGUUUUUUUUAACUCUUUAACUCUUGUAUUUCAUGAAAGGAAAUUGUUUUUAUCCUUGAAGAGCUUAAACACAUGUCCUUGUUAAUAAUUUAAUAUCAUAUAAACCAUUUUAAUUUCAUCAUACUGUGUGUUUUACAGUUGAUUAACGUGAAUGUUACUGAAUGAGUUAGAGGCCUAUAACUGCUUGUGAGCAUAUAACCUCUUGGUUUGUAUAUGAUAUUUUACUAUUCCAUGUUGGAAAUUAACACCAGCAGUCUUUAAAAUGGGCCUUUUUAAAAUGAGUGCUUGUACCAUGCUACUGUACUUCAUCUGUAUUUUUAUAUCCAAACACAUAGCCAUUUGCAUUUUUGUUUUUAUGUGCCUUAUGUUAUCUUUCUAUCUCUGUUAUUGCACUUGUGACCAUUACCAUAUGACUACAGUGAUGAGAGGGUUACUGUACUGCUGUUAUUCUUUCUUUCUUUCUUUCUUUGCAAAGGCUCAUCUCGUUGCAAUUACUUCUUGACAAUGGCUCUGUUUCUUUGGUCUGCAUCGUUGCACAGCACUGUCAUUACUGUUAUACACUUGGCUUGUUCAGAGACGGCUGUGUUAAACAGCAGCAUUGAGGCGGUAAGAGUUUGAAACAUAUGAACUAAAAUUAUUGUUGUCAUGCCUAUUUUAUUAACUCCAGAAGAGCAUUGCGGUAAUUACAGAUGACAAUAGUCAGUUUCUAACAAUAAUAUUUCAAGGAAUUUGUGAAUGUGUCAAAUUAACCGUAUAUGUCAUAAUCUUUAUUCAAGAGUGCCAAAUGAGAAAUGCAAUUAAAUGCACAAUUAUCAAAUUGUUUUUGUUUUGUUUUUCUCAAUUGACUUCCAUGAUUGUAGUACAUUUGUUAUGCCAUAGUACACAAUGUUAGUAUUAUUUUAAAUAACCAAUAUAUUUAACAUGUCUGGAUAUGGUACCCUGAAAAGAUGUUUGUUCAUGAAACUUUUGUUUUCAAACCGCUCAAUAAACAGUGUUAAUAUGUUA